AUGAACGACCUCCUCGCCUUCAUCCUAUCCCAGGAUGAAUUCAGAAAGAACCGCCUCCCCUCCCUCUACUCCGACUUCGCCAUCCACCGCAAAACCAACCCGGACGGAUACGCCGUCAACGUCUCCGCAUGGGAACAAGCGCUCCUGAAAGCCGCCCGCCACGGCUAUAUCUCCAGCAGCAGCAUUCCAAGCCCGAGCUCCUCGCGACGCAAGAACAACCACCUGAUACUCAGAGCCGAUGAGGGGCUAUUGCGGGCGCUUGAGACGGCCGAAUGGGGCCGGCCGGUAGCGCUGGGGGCCGUUCUUGACGAGGCGGUCCAGAAUCGAGUGAUGGUGCCGCUGCAGGUGUAUAGGGCUAGCUCGACGAGCUUGGAUAAGCCCGGUUGGAAUCUGAUUGAUCCCUCGGUGCUGAGUCCGUGGAAUGUGAUGAGCUGGGGGCUGAAGCAGUUGAAAGGCGUGGUGGUUGGGUCUGGGUCGACGCCGCAUUUGCAGGCUCAAGAUCUGGUGUUGGUGGAGAACUUGAAGGAAACUGCCGGGCUUGUGGUCAAGCAGGCGAUGAGCCAGAAUCCGUCCAAGACCGACCUCGUUUACUCCAAGGAACGCUUUGUGAAUGAGUUCGCGACGGUGCUACAUGAAGAGAGCGAAUUGUCUAAUGAUGAUCUUGAUGUUUUAUUGUUAUAUCUGUCCCGCGAUAGCGGAGCGAUCGCGUAUGAUGGCGAGACGAUCAAGUUCCGCUCCUCCAAUGACACUUCCCGCGAAAUCACCCAGCAAGACACAGCCAUUGGCUCUAUAAAAACGACCCUGUCGGCAAUGACAAAACAGGUGGAAAGCCUGGAGAAGAAGAUCGCAGAACUGAAUGCUACCGCGAAGACCGCUUUGCACAACAAGAACCGGAUUUCAGCGCUCGCGGCGUUGCGCUCCAAGAAGCUUGCGGAGCAUAAUCUAAAACAAAGACUAGACACCAUGACGCAACUAGAGGAGGUUUAUUCCAAGAUUGAACAGGCCACAGAUCAGGUCCAAUUCGUGCAGGCGAUGGAGGCCAGCACCGGUGUGCUUCGCGGGCUGAACACGGAGAUUGGAGGUGCUGCCAGGGUUGAGGAUGUUGUCGACGAGCUGCGUGAGGAGAUGUCCAAGGUAGACGAGGUCGGAACCAUCAUGAACGAAGCCGGUCCACAGAUCGACGAGACCGAGAUAGACGACGAGCUCGAGGAGCUGGAGAGCAAGGAGCGACAGGAGGAAGAAGAAAGGGAGGCCGAGGAAACUCGCCAGAAACUCGCCGAGCUCGACUAUCUCGAGCAGCGUGCCAAAGAAGCUGCGCGCACUCCCUCAGCAGGACAGGGCGUGGAUACUGCGUUAGAGGAGAGCAUUGGCAGACUGUCCCGCAUGUCCGUCGAGGAGGGCCACGGAACCACGUCCUAA